CCUGAAUUUGAGGACACCUGCAGAUGUGAGGAGCAGAGAGCCGCAAGAAUGAGAAGGCAGCCUGAGAUCGCUCCAUAUGCAGGAGAGCAAUUUCCUUCAGGUCAGGAUACAGAAAGUGGGGGGCAGAGAGCACGGGGGUAUAGCGCCAAGGUCAAGGCUCCCAAAGAAGGCCCGAGAGUGGGGCGAUCGGUGCCAGCAGGCGGGAAAGCUCCUGGGAGGAGAUCUAUCGGAUCGAGGGAGUUGCAGCGGGCAGGCAGAGAUCAGGCAGGCUGGAGCAGUCAGGGAGACUUCUUUGAGGAGGAAGAGGGUGUCUGGAGGCUCCUGGAGGCGGCGAGGCUCCAGGGCGCUGCCUCACCUGGGGCCCCGCCGCCGCGCUCUGGGCCGCAGUCUCGGCCCGCGCAGGCCGGGCACAGCUCGCCAGUACCACGAACCCGGAAGGGUCGCCGCGCGCGGCCUCCACCAGGGCCGCCUUCACAGACGUGGUGCCCAGGUCGAUGCCGAGAGUGACAGACCGUGCAGCCAUGACAGCGAUUGAGUCUGGGGCCCGGGCGCCCCUUCCAGCACACUUCAUCCGGGACAGAGGCGCCGAGGCAGGGCCUCGCCUGCCAAUCUUUCCAGCCACGCUCAACACGACGAAUUCUCGUCUUUCCAUUGGUUGAGGAAGGCCGAGUCCCGCGCACCCCGAGUGACGGGCCCCGGCUAUAGGCGGAGCCGCGGUGGAAGGCGGAACCUACAGGCCCCGCCCCGCAGGGCAGGGUUUGCGAUGUGGCCCGAGGCUUCGGCCUUGCUCACCAAAGUACCAGUACCCCGAGUCUCGCUGGGGGAUGCGAGAGCUUCUGUGACCCUAAUAGUGACUUAACCCUCCCACAUAUCCGAGCCUGCCAAGUUGCCUGAGCCCCUCCGCUCCUCCCCAGCCCCAAACUGUCUCGCCGAGACGCGGGAAAACUACAGCUCCCAGGGUGCACCGCGCCGAGACCUGUACUCCGCGGAUCAGGUGGCUCGAGUCAGGUGACUUCUGGUCCGCCCCACACUAAGUCAAGCCGGCCGGAGGAAGCUGGUACAGUCCGAAGCGGCUCCUGCGUCCCGUCUGGUCGGUCCCCUAAGCCUAGAGGACCUCAGGUGUGUCAGCGUCUAGGACCAGGGAACUUCUGCUGUCCAAGAGUUUGAGUUUCUCAGUCUACAUUCCAAUCCUGUGGAAUGAGAGAGGAGCCGGUUAGGUCUGAUUCUGUGCCUGAGUUCUCAAGGAAAACCCAGACUCUGCCCUGGGGAACAAACUGAAUCCUGAGCUUGAGGACAUCAGCAAGUGUGAAGAGCAGAGAGUGGCAAGAAUGAGAGGGGAGUCAUUCCACAUACACAGGAGAGCAAUUUCCCGCAGUUCAUUGAAAUCGAGGAACAUGAUAAGGAGGUGGCUGGUUAUUUUUAGCCUUUUUCCCCUGAAGCUCAUAGAGAAAUGUGAGUCCACGGUCAACUUCUCUGUUCCUCCCACCGUGAAGCUGGAAAAUGGAAGCUCCACCAACGUCAGCAUCUCCCUCCCGCGUCCUUUAAAUGCAACCUUGGUGAUCACUUUUGAAAUCACAUUUCGUUCAAAAAACAUUACUAUCCUUCAGCUCCCUGAUGAAGUUGUGGUCCCUCCCGGCGUGACAAAUUCCUCUUUUCAAGUGACGUCUCAAAAUGUUGGACAAGUUGCCACUUAUCUGCACGGAAAUCACUCCAACCAGACCAGCCCAAGGAUACUCUUCUCCGUGAUCCACAGCAAUGUCGUCAGCAUCAUAAACCAGGUGAUCGGCUGGAUCUACUUUGUGGCCUGGUCCGUCUCCUUCUACCCGCAGGGGAUCGCCAACUGGAGGCGGAAGAGUGUCGUGGGUCUGAGCUUUGACUUCGUGGCCCUGAACCUGAUGGGCUUCGUGGCCUACAGCGUGUUCAACAUCGGCCUCUUCUGGGUGCCCUCCAUCAAGGAGCAGUUUCUCCUCAAAUACCCCAAUGGCGUGAACCCCGUGGACAUUAAUGACGUCUUCUUCAGCCUGCACGCGGUCGCCCUCACCCUGGUUAUCGUGGUGCAGUGCUUCCUGUACGAGCGAGGCAACCAGCGGGUGUCCUGGCUGGCCGUCGGCUUCCUCGUGCUCUCCUGGCUCUUCACACUCAUCACCCUGAUCAUGGCCGCGGUCAGGGCCACCACGUGGCUGCAGUUUCUCUUCUGCUUCUCCUACAUCAAGCUGGCAGUGACGCUGGUCAAGUAUUUUCCACAGGCCUACUUGAACUUUUACUACAAAAGCACCGAGGGCUGGAGCAUUGGCAACGUGCUUCUGGACUUCACUGGGGGCAGCUUCAGCCUCCUGCAGAUGUUCCUCCAGUCCUACAACAACGACCAGUGGACGCUGAUCUUUGGAGACCCGACCAAGUUUGGCCUCGGCAUCUUGUCCAUCUUCUUCGAUGUUGUCUUCUUCAUCCAGCAUUUCUGCUUGUACAGAAAGAAACCAGGGCUUCAGGCAGCACGCAGGGCUUCUGGCAGCCGUCCCAGGCAGGAUUGAGCACUGAGCUUGGAGCCAAAGGCCUGGCCCCAAGCAACGAGUGUUUCUGGAAGCAGCUUGAAGGACUGACCUUGCAGCUGGGAGAGCCAAGGGUGCUUUGCUGCCACUGCUGUGUUCAGAGACCAAGCAGCCCGGUGCCGUGGCCAAUAGACCUGAGGUGCUGGUGCUGGUGGCAGGGGGGCUAGGACUUUGGGGUUAGGCCUUGGGUACCUCCUCUGAAGGCUGCAUUCUCUGAGCGCUCACUGUCCUGACACUCAAUUCUACGUAAACCCACUUUCACGACUGCAGUCACAGGUGGCCCAGGCCAGGCUCUGGUAAAGAAACAGUAUUUCUGAGCCUUGAGGUACCCAACAGAUUGGUUCAGAACCAGGCUCACAUCCAACACUCUCUGGAUCCUUAUCACACUAACGACCCUUUUGGAUUUUUCAAAGGGAUGUUUUGGAAGUGAGUGGCUUACCUUCUGCUGCUGCUGCCUACCUCCACUUACCCAUAGUCAGGCCCCAAGCCCCUCCAACUGCUCCUUACCCUGAGUCUGGAGUACAGGACACACACACACACCAGUCAGUGCCUUAGACGCCUGUUAGACUUGCCAGGUGGUGAAAACAGCUCCCCUGACGGGGAGGGCAGGCCCCCUUCCCUCCCCAGACCCCUACCUGAGACUCACCAAUUUGUGGCUAUUCAGGAGCCUCAGAUAAGGACUUAAGACCAACUUACACAAUCCUUAUGGGCCCACCCUGAUCCCAAAGGCCCUCCUUUCCCACUCCAAGCAGUUGUCCUUCCUUUGGAGGAGGGGAGGGGAGGGGAGGGUCCCAGGACGUGCCUUGUACGUGCCAUGAGCUUGUCAGUCCACUCUCGUAGUUGUUAACCACGAGAUCAACAUGAGGGGCUUCUGUCCUUAAUUAAACCUGAUUCAUUUCCUCUGCACACUGAGCAUUUGCCAGAUGCAGGAGGCAGGGGUAUUGGCUUCAGAACCAAGUCCUUGGGGCUUAGGGAGACAGCCUCAGUCACUCGUGUAAGGAAAUGUGUGGGAUUUUGAAGUUUGCCGAUUCCAAGGUGGCUGCGUGCCGACCCGGCAUUUCAUCAGGGGAGCUCUGUUGGGUGGCACAAGAUGCUUACCUGCUCAGGGCCAGGUAGGUCCCGCAGGGACCCUGUCUGCAUUACCAAGGGCACGGCACUCAGGCUGUGGUUGUGAGCAUGGGUUGGAUGAGGUCUUUAAGGGCACGUGGGGGAAGGGUGGGGGCGGAAGUCUUCCAGAUCGUCUAGCCAGGUAUAAGUAUCAAAGAACUUAGGAUCUUGUUUCCCUAAAGCAGAAACUGCAGCCUGACCAAGCCCACACGCGUGUUUUAUUUGGGCCACCCAGUCUGUGAUUGGGUACCACACUUUAAAGGUGGGAGAUUGCAAAAAUCUGACUUGGCAGUGCUAGGUGGGUCCAUGAGUGGCAACAAUUCCCACAGCUGGUAAUGCAGCCAGUGCUGGGCCAAGCAAAGGCCUCAGUGCUCCCCAGCUCCCCCCCAUCUCCUCAGGUCAUAGCCCCUGGAAACAUUUGGGGCUGCAUCUCUGGCUGUGCUAAACUGAAUGCUCUUAAGAGUCUUAGGGGGUGGAUGUUCUCCCUUGGUGUCCAUGAGGUCCCUCCCCAAUAGGAGCUGAGGCUAGGUUACGCGAGGGAAGUUGGGGGUUCCUGGCCCAGUUCCAGUUAAGGUACUCCCAGACGUUCCCACGCGGGCGGCCCUGGGCAAGCACAGCGUCAGUGGCCUUGGGGAUAGUUGGGCUUUGUCCAGAGCAGCAGGGGCCAAGUCAGCCAGCCUCACAACCAAAGCUCUCUCACAAUUCAUCCCCAAAUAUCCCUACCUCAUGUCUCAGCAAAGACCUCUGAUGAAUGAAUUCCAGCACUGUUUAUUGGGCACAAGACGUGGGGUGGCUUCCUACUGCCCCAUUUCCACAGUAACCAAAGCAAGGCUGGUUCCCUUGCUAAGAGUAAUUCCCAGAUGUGAAUUAGCCGAAUUCGAAAGUUGAACGGGCAUCUUCAAAGAGUACGAUAAAAACACUUUGUAUCAAAGUUGUGAUUAAAAAAAUACAAACGUUAAACUCAAA